AUGGAUCCAGGGAAUGCUACAAGACUCUCAGGAUUUCUUCUUCUGGGAUUUUCAGAGCAGCCAGAACUACAACCUCUCAUGUUUGGACUUUUCCUCUCCAUGUACCUGAUCACCAUGCUUGGGAACCUGCUCAUCAUCCUAGCCAUCAUCUCAGACUCCCACCUGCACACACCUAUGUACUUCUUCCUCUCCAACCUGUCCUUUGUGGACAUCUGUUUCACCUCCACCACUGUGCCCAAGAUGCUGGUGAAUAUACACACACAGACCAGGGCCAUUACCUAUGCAGGCUGCAUCACUCAGAUGUACUUUUUAUUACUUUUUUCAGGGUUGGAUAUCUUUCUGCUGACUGUGAUGGCCUAUGACCGAUAUGUGGCUAUCUGUUACCCUCUGCACUACGCGGUCAUGAUGAACCACUGGCUUUGUGGGUUAUUGGUUCUGGCAUGCUGGAUUGUAGGUGUCCUGAAUUCCUUGUUACAUACCUUCAUGGCACUGCGUCUGUCCUUCUGUAAUGACUUGGAAAUACCACACUUUUUCUGUGAACUGAAUCAGGUAGUCCACUGUGCCUGUUCUGACACCUUCCUUAAUGAUAUGGUGAUAUAUAUUACAGCUAUGCUGUUGGCUAUUGGUCCUCUAGCUGGCAUCCUUUACUCUUACUCUAAGAUAGUUUCCUCCAUACAUGCAAUUUCAUCAGCUCAGGGGAAGUAUAAAGCAUUUUCCACCUGUGCAUCUCACCUCUCAGUGGUCUCCUUAUUUUAUUGUACACUCCUGGGAGUGUACCUUAGUUCUGCUGUCACCCAAAACUCACACUCAACUGCAACAGCCUCACUGAUGUACACUGUGGUCACACCCAUGCUGAACCCCUUCAUCUACAGUUUGAGGAAUAAAGACAUCAAGAGUGCUCUGAGAAGACUGCUUGGGAGGGUAAUGAGAAGAGUUCCAGUUGAUCCACCUCAGUAG